AUGUCAGACCAAGCCGCCAACAAGACCUACGACAAGCAUGUCCAGGAAUAUCCUGCGACGAAAGCACCAUCGGGAGUGCAAAUUUCCUGGAUGGCCCGUCUCGCCGUCUUUAUUGCCUUUCCAUCGCUCGUGGGUUGUUUGGGUCUCUACAUGGGGUAUCUGGAAUCGCGGCGCAAACCGGAGCGAAAACUGAGUAUGGAAGUGGAUUUUAUAAUGCCCUUUUUGCUGGCACUAUCCAUGCCAUUGUGGUGGGAUCCAAACCAAGGGAUACACCACUACCAAGGUAGAACCGUUGGUCAAAUGGCCCAAGGUUCGAAGAAAGAAAGUCAUUCGAAAGGUUCGAAAGAAGAUCUGGACGACCAAGUAGUGGUGCAGGAAGAAGAAGAAACUGUGAGAAGCGAAGGAUCCAACAACCAAGAAAGAUGA